AUGGCGUCGGUGGCAUCAUCGCCGAUUUCCUUCGCCGCCUCUUUCCUCAGAAUCAAAUCAUUCCCUCUCUCUCCUCGCUCCUUCCCCGUCCGUACACUCCGUUGCGCUCUCUCUUCCUCCACCUCCUCCUCUGAGCCCAUCGAGUUCGAUAUCUCCUUUGCUCCUUCCAAGCCGACACCUUCCUCCACUCUCGGCGGCGGCGCAUUCCAGCAGCUCUUCAUCCCUUGGAUCGUCCGCGGUGAAGACGGAAAACUCAAAGUCCAGUCUCAGCCUCCCGCCCAAUUAAUCCACUCUCUCGCCGAUGCCACCACUCAAAACCCGAAGAAGAAGACCACAAAGAAGAAACCCCAAACCGCAUCCGCCGCCGCAUCUGCCUCCACCUCCGUCUCCUCCUCCCCGGCUUCACGUUCAGAGCCAAAGCUCUCCAAGGCGGCGCGUAGGUUCUACAACGAGAACAUUAAAGAGCCUCCUCAGCGUUUGAGCAAGGUUCUCGCUGCUGCUGGAGUUGCAUCGAGAAGAACCUCUGAAGAGCUUAUCUUUGAUGGAAAGGUUACUGUCAAUGGUGUUCUCUGCACCACUCCACAGACUCGAGUCGAUCCAGCGAGAGACAAUAUCUAUGUUAAUGGGAAUCGUAUUCCCAAGAAACUUCCUCCAAAGGUUUAUUUUGCUCUGAACAAGCCUAAAGGAUACAUCUGCUCUUCCGGAGAGAAAGAGAUCAAGUCUGUUAUUAGUUUGUUUGACGAGUACAUGUCCAGUUGGGAUAAAAGGAAUCCGGGGACUCCCAAGCCUCGUCUUUUCACUGUUGGUCGUCUUGAUGUUGCCACAACAGGAUUGAUAGUAGUUACAAAUGAUGGAGAUUUUGCACAAAAGCUUUCACAUCCUUCAUCUAGUUUACCAAAAGAAUAUAUUGCUACGGUUGCCGGUGAUGUACACAAACGGCACUUAAUGACCAUUAGCGAAGGGACAAUGGUGGAAGGAGUCCAGUGUGUACCAGAUUCAGUUGAGCUAAUGCCAAAGCAGCAUGAUAUACCAAGAGCACGUCUACGUAUUGUGGUUCACGAGGGGAGGAACCAUGAGGUCAGAGAACUAGUGAAAAAUGCUGGCCUUGAGGUUUACUCAUUAAAGCGUGUCCGUAUAGGUGGAUUCAGGCUUCCUUCAGAUCUUGGGUUAGGGAAGCAUGCGGAACUGAAGCAGAGCGAGCUAAAGGCAAUGGGUUGGAAGAGUUGA